AAACAAUUUUCGGAGCUCUAAUCAAAUUUAAUUAUUUUCCAAAACCGAAAAAAGUUGUUCUUCAUUAAAAUUUUGUGAUUUAUUGAAAAAGGGAAAUGGUCGAGCAAAUGGAAGCCACAACCAAUAGCGGUGGCAAUGUGCCCAUCACUGGUAAGGCGCCCUCCGUGCCCUCGAAAGCCUCCAACGAGAGUGACAUGAAGGAUGACUCAUUGAAGCCGAGCAAGCGGGACAAGUCGGGCAAGUUGCACAAGUCACGGGAUGGUCACAAGUCGAGCAGCAAGGCAAAAAAGUUCAAAACAUCGUCGCCAUUGCGCUCGCAGUCAGAGUCUUCGAUGUCCUCGAUAAGCAUGGGCUACAACGAGUCUGAUCUCUCGAGCAGCUCCGACUCCGGCGACUCGUCGAGAAGCAACGAAAAAUCGUUUGACCAUCGCUGCUGCCAUCGCCGCUUGCAUCGUCGUGCACGCUACGGGAAGCCGUCGAGCCAUCAUCGACGCCGCUCAGAACAUUCCACAUACAGCAAGCGUCGUCACCCACAGCCCGUGCCGCCUCCGGAAACAGAAAUUGAGAACUUUGAUAAGUCUGACUCUGAAGACAAACCACGCCGCAAGAAGCGCGGCAAUCGCAAGGAGUUCAAGGAUGUGGCCUGCCAAACGAGUCCGCUGAAGAAGACAUCGAAGCCAACCACCGCAGGUACCAGCUCCAGCUCCGGUUCCGGUUCAGGUGCCACUGUUAAGACAGCAAGUCAUGCUUCCAAUAUAGAAGCUUCUGGUUCCAGUUCCAAAGUUGAACACAAGCAAGACCCGACUGGUUCCACUGGUGGUUCCAGUGCCAACUCAAAGGCAAAGAGCUCCAGCUCCAAUGUAAAAUCAAUUGUUUUUUCUGUGAGCUCAAAGCCAAUCGAUCCGGUGAAGCUCAAGAGGGACUCCACCAAGACUGUCGAAGAAGAAACGAAGUACUCCAAGCCAAACGACUCUGGCCACAUUCCGAAGCAGCCGAUUGUUGUAUCCAGUUCAACUGCCAAGCUCGCCGAUACUUCUGGCUCCAAGACUCAUACGAUUCCAGCUGCGCCGCCAGCUAUUCCGAAGCUUCCAGCGGCUAAUUCCAAUGACAAAGUCACUGCCAACGCAGGCGCCAGUCAGCUGCCACCUAAAUCUGAGAUAAUGCAGCGCAGCAUUCGCACUCGAUCUCGCUCCAGCUCCCGCUCUCGUACCCGUUCCCGUUCACGCUCCCGUUCUGGCUCCCGUUCUCGUUCGCGUUCCCAUUCCCAUUCCCGUUUACGCUCCCGUUCGCGCUCCAAGUCUCGCAGUCCCAGGAACAAUCGCCGACGUGUGACAUCCCCGAAUUCGGCAAUCGACCGUGCAAUGGGCAACUUCCGGACAGGGGCUCCGCCCAUCUCCCACGUGAGGCUGCACAUCAAGGGGCUGAGCCGCCAGGUGACCAAGGAGCAUGUGACCGAGAUCUUUGGCAGCUUUGGCCCGCUGACAGCAGUCGACUUUCCCGUUGAGCUCGAAGCGAAUGACGGCACGGGUCGCGGAUUUGCCUUCGUGGAGUAUGCCAAUCCCCAGGACUGUGCACGUGCCAUCAAGAACAUGGACGGGGGCCAGAUCGAUAGCAGAAGAAUCGUCGUGUCCGCCUUUCGCCCGAACAAGGUGCGUGCCGCCUGGCGCCGCCGAUACUCCCCCGUCCAAAGUGGCAUACGCCAACGUUCCCGUUCCCGUUCUCACAACCGCAACAAUUUUGAAUCCCGUUUCCGCGAUCGCUCUCGCAGCCAGUUCCGUGGCCAAUAUCGUGCCCACCAACCACGUGGCUAUCAUUAUUAAGCAGAGGGACCGGCAGCACUCAACAUUCACACAGAACAAUCAAUUGUAGUUCUUACACUCACAUAAAUAUUUCUGCAGCUGCACUUAUGACACACAAAAAUCAGAGCAAGCGCAAUCCCAUUCCAUUAUAGCUCCA